GUUACCAUGGAUGGAGUGAGCCAGCUGCAGUGGUUGCUAGAGGGGCAGGUGCUCCUGGCUGGCUGUGCCGCCUCAGCACCUCUGCCUCAGGGUUGUGGCCUUAGAAGUGCGGUGUAGCCCUAUGCCGAGGUGUUGCAGCUCUUGUCCGGCUGAAACGAGGUACUGAGUGGCCAAAAGAAAGUUGGUUCCCUGACACAUCUGACAUGUCCACCGCCCUAAAACUGGUCACAACUCUGCCUGGGUUUGUGUGAGGAGAAUGCCUGAAUGCCUCCGCAGGCGUAAUGUGUCUGUAGGGAGCCUUACAGCAGUGCCAGGUUUGGCUUAGCUACCAUAUGGUGUACCUGCAUGGGACUCCAUUUCCUAUUACCCACUAAUGAAGGUUGCCCAGUGCUGCUUCAUGCCCUUCCAGAGUGCAGAGAGCAGCUAAACUUAAACCUCUAAAAAACAGGAAGUACAAAAUUAAGACAGUGAGGUCUAACAGCAACAUACUUUGAAGACAUCUCCAGGGCACCAUCAGAAGAGAAAUGUUCACAGAAACUUUUCCUGUAUAGUAGAUGAAUAAGAGGAUGAAGGAAUACUACAAACAGCAGCAAUAUAGUUGACAGCAAGAAGCUGGCUCCCAAAAGUUGUGACCCAGGAUUUUGUAAGCCUCUUGAAGUUCUGCUGCACACAUCUAUCUUGUAGCUGCUUUUGGUGAAUAUGUCUAUGAAAUACUUAAAAUGGAGUUUUUUGGCACUCUUGAUGCUUUCUGUCAUAAUAAUGACAUGGUACAUGACACUCCCUUCGCAUAUUGUGAUAGAGCAUACAAACUCGAUGUAUUUCUAUGAAUAUGAGCCAGUUUACAAGCAGAACUUCCUCUUCACACUGCGGGAGCGUUUGAAAUGCAAAGAUACAAAUCCAUUUCUGGUCAUCUUGGUGUCUUCACAACCUACGGAUAUAGAGGCAAGGCAGGCCAUUAGAGUAACAUGGGGUUCUAAAAAAUCCUGGGGGGACCGUCAGGUUCUAAUACUGUUCUUACUAGGACAAGGAGCUGAAAGAGAAGACAGCUUAGCAUUAUCGAUAGAAGAUGAAAGCAUUCUGUAUGGUGACAUAAUUCGCCAAGAUUUUAUGGAUACUUACAACAAUCUUACCUUGAAAACAAUCAUGGCAUUCAGAUGGGUGUCUGAGUUUUGUUCAAACACUAAAUACGUUAUGAAGACUGAUUCUGAUGUUUUCAUCAACGCUGGCAACUUAUUAAUGUUUCUUCAAAAUGUAAAUUCUUCAGACAGUUUUUUUACUGGUUACCCUCUAAUUGAUAACUUUUCCUACAGAGGGUUUUACAGAAAAACAUAUAUUUCUUAUGACGAAUAUCCAUUUAAGGUAUAUCCUCCAUACUGUAGUGGAAUGGGGUAUAUACUUGAUGGAAAACUGGCUCUGAAGAUUUAUGAAAUGAUGAGUCAUAUCAAACCUAUUAAAUUUGAAGAUGUUUAUGUUGGAAUUUGCUUAAAUAUACUAAACGUGAACAUCCAUAUUCUAGAAGAUACACAACUCUUCUUUUUAUACAAAAUUAACUUUAACAUCUGUAAAUAUAGACACUUGAUUGCGGUACAUGGUGUAUCUUCAAGAGAAAUGAUCAGAUUUUGGCAGGAUUUAUUGACAGACACUUCACUCGCUUGCCACUGAUCCCAUGUUAAUAUAGGUCUGUCAAAAGCUGACUGCUUUGUCCUGGUCUCUUGGUUUGAAUUGCACUGUAGAAAGUGUCUAAAUUGAGUUUUGUAGAACAAGGAAAUGGAAAUGGGGUUUUAGAAAGGAUCACUCAGGCUUAUGGGACCACGCUGAUUACUAGGCACCAUUAAAACAGCAGAAUAUCUCUAGAGGGUUUUCAAUAUGGUGUUUUUAAAUUGAGAAUGAGACUUUGUUGCACCUUUUUUAUUCCAGAAUUAUUUAGAUUAUACAGUAACAGUAUUCUGCUCACUCUACCCGUCUGGUUCAUUUCUGAACAGUCUGCUGCAAAUAUGGGGUCAUCCUGCCACCUCCCCAGGAAUCUGUUGUCCUGGGAUUUAUGGAACUGCAGCAGCAACACCCCUUUUUUCCUCAAAGAACUGUCCCACAAACCUAGACCCUGGGGCAAACUCCUAUCUGUUUUCCUUCAUAUGGAUACCCAGCCCACUCUA